UAUAUUUAUCUUAUCGCGUUUUGAUUAAUCUCCUUUGCACUAGCCGGUCCGAGCUGGAAACUUUUGUUCAUAUAGCAAAGAAGUGUCAUUCAAUUUAGGUCGGUGAUUUAUUUCUACUGAAUUCAGUGUGUCCCGUUUCUUAAAGAAAUUACAAUUUUGUUGAAGAAAUGGUGAUUGCAAAGAAGUUUGUUUAUGUAUCUAAGUUUGUCGGGGAACCAAAACUCUCAGAUUUCAAGCUGGAAGAAGAGCAGCUGCCAGAUCUCAAAGAUGAUGAAAUCCUAUGUGAAGCGGAAUAUCUAAGCUUGGAUCCAUAUGUGCGAAUGCUUAUGGCCAAUCGGCCAGUAAAUACUAUUAUGCUUGGAAGACAAACAGCAAAAAUUCUUCAAAGCAAAAACCCAAAAUAUCCGGUUGGAUCAUACGUUUUUGGAAACUUUGGAUGGCGAUCUCAUACUGUGGUGAAACCGGGAACGAAUGUUUUGCCUUAUGAGCAAAAAGACCGCACGGACAUUGCUAACUUAUUGCCUGACUUUGGUAAUUUGCCACGAUCCUUGGCUCUUGGAUACUUAGGAAUGCCUGGCCAUACAGCGUAUUUUGGAUUACUGGACAUUUGUAAACCUACUAAAGGGGAGGUAGUUGUAGUAACAGCCGCUGCUGGAGCAGUUGGUUCUUUAGUCGGUCAAAUAGCUAAAAUAAAAGGAUGUACUGUGAUUGGAUUUGCAGGGUCUGAAGAAAAAUGCAAAUGGAUAAAAGAAGAUUUAGGUUUUGAUUUCGCGUUCAACUAUAAGACCAAUGACAUAUCAGCUUGCUUGAAGAAAUCAGCCCCAGGCGGAAUUGACUGUUAUUUUGAUAACGUUGGCGGCGAAAUGAGCUCCACUAUCAUUGCUCAUAUGAGACGUCAUGGUCGAAUCGCUGUAUGUGGCAGUAUAUGCGCAUACAAUUCAACAGAGCCAGUCAAAGCCCCAAUGCUGCAAAGAAUGUUCAUCAAUAAUGAAUUGAAAAUGGAAGGGUUGCUUGUCUACAGAUGGACUGAUAGAUACUCCGAGAGUUUCAACCAAAUAUUCCAGUGGAUACAGGAAGGCAAGAUUAAAUAUCGAGAAACGAUUACCAAAGGUUUUGAAAAUAUGCCAAAAGGAUUCAUUGAGCUGUUGAAAGGAGUCAAUUUGGGCAAAGCAAUUGUUCAGGUUUAAUAAAGCAGCUAUAAUUUUUGGUUUAUGAAUAAAUGUAUAUUUUAAU